GAGUGAGAUGUAGAAAGGUCACACUUAACACCGACCGACCACUUUACGUUUUCAACUUCUCCUCACGCGGAUCAACUGCACAGACAUCAACAUCUUCUGUAGUUCUGUUCAACAGGUUUACGGAAUCCAGACUCAGCAGAUAGUAUUUCGUCUCUGUACAUUCUCAUCGUCGAUCGAAAGCCUUGCAGGCGAAGAAGCAAAUCGAACUCAAAACGUACGGCACUUGUGUCUCUGUCUCCACAUAUGGGCUCGCUUUCGUUAACCAAUUGUUGUUUCCUCGCGCGACUCACUGGGCCCAAGUCCUUGUUAGAUCCUCGGUUAGGAUGCCAAAACUUGCCCUUCCCAGUACCACGUCGUUGCUUGCUCUCCCGUCGUUCUGGACGCCGCUGCUCUGCUCUGUUGCCUUCGGAACCUCUCGUCACGGAUUCCGUGCCGUCAGAAAAUGGAACAUACAAGGUUGGCGAUUUCAUGACAAAGAGGCAUGAUUUGCACGUAGUGAAACCCACAACAACUGUUGAUGAAGCAUUGGAGGCUCUAGUGGAGAAGAGGAUAACCGGAUUUCCUGUGAUUGAUGAGGACUGGAACUUGGUUGGUGUUGUUUCAGAUUAUGAUUUAUUAGCUCUCGACUCUAUAUCAGGUGGCAGUCAAAAUGACAUGAACAUGUUCCCUGAUGUCAACAGUUCUUGGAAAACAUUCAAUCAGAUCCAGAAACUGCUCAGUAAGACUAAUGGUAAAGUUGUUGGUGACUUGAUGACAUCUGCUCCGCUUGUCGUUCACGAAACUUCCAAUUUGGAAGAUGCUGCUAGGUUGCUGCUAGAAACAAAAUAUCGAAGACUGCCAGUGAUAGAUGAUAAUGGCAAGCUGGUCGGAAUCAUUACCAGGGGAAAUGUCGUCAGAGCUGCCCUGCAAAUAAAACGUGCUGCUGAAAUGUCAACAUAGAUUGAAGUGUUCACCAAAGUUCAAAUACCACAGCCAGAUUGAUGCAGCAAUUCUUUCUACGAGAUACAAAAGUUUAGAGCGGAGCGGUGAAUGAAUAUCUUGCUUAGAGAACCCAGGAUGAUAUUGGGGUAAGCUUGAAUUUGAAAUAGUAAAUAUAGCUUUGGUAAAUAGACGAUGAUUCAUUUAGUGUUCUAUAGGUUAUGUAUUGUAGAUGAUGAUUCUUUUUGUGAAGCUUUUUUGGAUUCCAGUAGUGUGUGUUAAUGUGGCCCAAGGGCAUUUAAUGACAAGUACUUGAUAUAAUUACUUAAAACUAAUGGCCAAUUAUUGUUGUUGAUUCAAACCAUUAUGACGA